AUGAACGGAAGGAACGCAUCAUCGUUGGCGAGGACGAGCAAAGCGUCGUGUUCGUCGUCGUCGUCGAGAAGAAGAAGAAGAACAACGAGAACAAAUGUCCGAUGCAAAGCAAAAGAUUAUCCAAAACCAAACUUGGACGUCACCUCUAACGAGAACUAUCAACGCGCGAAACAACUCUCAGGAAAGCUUUCCAAGAACUACUCGGGAAAGAACAAAGAGAAAAGCGUCAUCGUCAUCGGAGGCGGGUUAGCUGGUUUAUCUACUGGGAAAUAUCUCACCGAUUUAGGCUACUCUGUGAAAGUGGUUGAAAGGUUGAAAAUUUUAGGCGGGAAAGUGUCCGCCUGGCAAGACAAAGACGGGGAUUGGAUCGAAACCGGUCUGCAUAUAUUCUUCGGCGCGUACCCGAACAUGAUGAAUUUAUUCAAGGAAUUAAACAUCGAAGACCGGUUACAGUGGAAGAAACACACGAUGUGUUUCGCGAUGCAAGAUUACCCGGGGGAGUUUACGGAGUUUUGGUUCCCGGAGAAUGUACCGGCGCCAUUUAAUAUGGCCGCAGCGAUCUUACAAAACGAUAAGAUGUUGAGUUGGGAGGAGAAGAUAAAAACGGGCGUGCCGCUGUUACCGAUGCUUAUUGGUGGACAAGAGUAUAUCGACGCGCAGGAUGAACUUUCGGUGAGCGAGUGGAUGAAGAAAAAUGGGAUGCCGGAGAGAGUUUCGGAGGAAUUGUUCAUCGCGAUGGGGAAGGCGUUAGAUUUCAUAGACUCGGAUAAGUUGAGCAUGACGGUCAUUUUAACCGCGAUGAACCGGUUUAUUAACGAAACGGACGGGUCAAAAACGGCUUUUUUAGACGGGAAUCAGCCCGAUAGGUUGUGUAAGCCGAUGAAAGAGUACAUCGAAGGUAACAACGAGAAUGGGACCAAAGGAGAGGUUAUCGUCGGGAUGCCUUUGCGGGAGAUUAUGAUCGACGAAGCGAGCAACGAAGUCAUCGGCGUUCGCGUAGGUGAAGGAGAUGAAAUCAUGACGGCAGAUAUGUAUGUUUCGGCCAUGUCUGUCGACGCUUUAAAACUGUACCUUCCAACCGCGUGGAAAACGAUGCCUUUUUUCAAACAACUGGACGAACUCUCCGGUGUUCCAGUUAUCAACGUACACUUGUGGUUCGAUAGGAAGCUUCGACCGUACGACGGCUUGGUCUUCUCGAGAUCAACGUUACUCAGCGUGUACGCUGACAUGAGCGAGUGUUGCAAAGAGUACGAAAACAAAGAGAAGACGAUGCUCGAACUCGUCUUUGCGCCUUGCGACGCCCAAAGCGGCGCGGAGGUCAACUGGAUCAAAAAAUCCGACGAAGAAAUCGUCGCGGCGACCAUGCUCGAACUCGAGCGCUUGUUUCCCGACGAAAUAAAAAACGCCAAUUUAUUGAAAUCAGCUGUCGUCAAAACGCCUCGUUCGGUGUACCGAGCGAUACCCGGGCGGAACAAAUUUCGCCCCUCUCAAUCUACGCCGAUACGGAAUUUCACUCUCGCCGGAGAUUUCACGUCACAAAAGUAUUUAGGGAGCAUGGAAGGCGCAAUUUUAAGCGGAAAGCUCGCCAGCGAAGUCGUGGACGAUCGCUUGAACUCUUCCAGAGAGACAUUUUCAAUCCCGCCUAAAGAGGUUCACGAAAGCGUCCUUCUUCGCUCGACGUAG